AGGUUGUCCAUCUCCCGACCAGUGAGGGUUUUAAUUUGAAGGUUCUGAGCGGAAGUCCAGUGCGUUGCUGUGUGUAGUUUGACUGUAUGCGUAUCUGUAUAUGUGUAUGUGGAAGACGCCACGUUGGCAGAAUCAGCAGGGUGAAAAGAGACCUGCGUAGCUGCGCCUGUAAAGUUAGAAAGCCACACGUUAAUGCGAUAAAGACGUGAAACGCGAGGAGGAAAAGCCGUGAACAGCAGGUCUCACCCACACAGAGUGAUUAAAUUACAGCAAAGUCUGGCUCGGAGGCUGAAACAAGCUGUUCCAGUGUGAAGUUUCUCUGCCAGGUGUGGUGUGUAGGUGAAACACGAACAAUGGUGAAGAAUGUGAACAGCGUUAACAUGGAGCCCCAGCCUGGGACCAGUGCGGCCUCGGAUGAACCUGGAUCUGCCUACAACCAGUCCCCAGAGGGUAAAGCGUCAGCUCCUGUCCCCAGGCUGCAACAUCAGCAGGGAAUAUGAUUCUGGUAAGGACCAUGAGGCACCUCCCCCUGGCAUGUUGUGGCGGGUGACCGGUGGUCUUUUCAACGUCACCAAGGGCGUAGUUGGUGCUGCUGUGGGUGGUGUGGCCUGGGUCGGAGGCAAGAGCCUGGAGAUCACCAAAUCUGCUGUGACCACAGUGCCCUCGAUGGGGGUGGGUCUGGUGAAGGGUGGGGUAUCAGCUGUGGCCGGCGGAGUCACCACGGUGGGUUCGACAGUGGCCAACAAAGUCCCAUUCACAUCCAAGAGGAAAGACAAGGCCGAGUAAAAUGCAUGAGAGUGAUGAAGAUGAUGAUGAUGAUUGAUGAAGAUGAUGGACUUGCCCCGCCCUGAGCCAACAGAGACGCUGCCAGCUGAUCUCUGUAAGCCAAUCAGACUCCACAGUGCCUUCUGAUACCCUUCUUGGUCUUGAACAAAAUACUCUUGUCACCAUACUGAGAUCUAGACUCUGGUGCAAAUACUUCAUUCAGUACCUAAAAGCAAUACUACGAUGCCAUGGCAACCCUGCACAGCCAGCAAGAGAAGCUGGUCAUCGAAAUGCUUCAUACAAUCCUUGCCUGUUCCAGAAGGGGGCUUGUUAGAACUGAUCCGGCUCCAGGCAUGGACUCGGAUCCACUUGAGUAUGUGCUGAUGAAUUCUUAAUGCUGUUAAAUAUUUUUAUCUGUAUACAAUCCAGACUGAGGCUGCUCCAGUCCUCCAUUUGCUCUUCGCUCUUUCCAGUCUACGUGUUUCGUGAUAUGUUUCUGAAUUACAGUGCUUUUUUUUGUGUGUUUGUGCUGGUAUUAAAGUAAUAUUGAAAUCUAUGUGAUACGAAUAGUGUGUUGAGAAAAAAAAUAAAGUUCCUGCAUUAGAAACCAGGGAUCAACGGCGUUCUUCAGUCUGACCCUCAUUAGCCUUGGAAAGAGCCUGGGGUGGUGUUUUACCCAGCAGCUUGAAUGUGCAUGUAGGGACACUUCUCUGAAAUGCAUCUGAAGACUGUAGACACAGUGACAAGUACACCAGCACUGAGUUCAGGUGUCUUUCAGAGUUAUAUUACUGUUGAAAUGUUUUGUUUUCAGUGUGUAUGAAGUGUUAAAAAGUUGUCAAAUGCUGGCGAGGUAACUUUUUGAAAAUUCGAGAGGAAAACGGUCAGCAGCAUUUGGUUCAUUGAUGGUUGUGUGAGAGGAAAAGUACCAGAUAUCUGAACCUGGUCAGUCAGUAAAGGUUGAACUGUACUGUAGUGCAGGCAACAAUCGUAAACAUUUAUAGACAAUAUGAGCAUUUCAAUGCAACAUUUGGGGUGAGUAGGAGCAGAUGCUGAUUUGCGUGAAUGGGGGGAUUUUGUUUUUCAUUAUCAAUAAAAUAGUUUGAAAUGUUAAAUGUAUUCAAUCUCACUCACUUUGUGUAUUUGAGACAGUAUGUUACAAAUUUCUAGUUGUGCCCUUGUAAAGAAGUUUUUCUUUUUAACUAAAACUCUGUGUAUCCUUGA